AGAGGGCAAAAUGAGCACACGGCUCAGGAAAUCCCCUUCCUUCUUCCGCAGUGGGAGAUGACGUCAGUUGCUGCACCAUCAUAGCUUCUUGUGCUGAUGUGCGUGAAGUGAAUAAGCUACAUGAUGCUCGCUACCCCUGCUGCUGGAGUGGUUUUAAUAUUAGCUUGGAUUUAUCCAAGUCACGCUCUUUAUUUCCACAUAGGAGAGACGGAGAAGAAAUGUUUCAUAGAAGAAAUUCCAGACGAAACAAUGGUUAUUGGAAAGUACAGGACUCAGCUGUGGGACAAGCUGACAGAUUCCUUCCUGGCAGCCACGCCCGGCCUGGGGAUGCAUGUGGAGAUCAAGGAUCCAGAUACUAAGAUCAUCCUCUCUCGACAAUACGGCUCAGACGGCCGGUUCACCUUCACCUCACACACUCCCGGAGAACAUCAGAUCUGUUUGCACUCCAACUCCACCAAGAUGGCUCUGUUUGCAGGAGGAAAACUGAGGGUGCAUCUGGAUAUUCAGGUGGGAGAACACACCAACAACUACCCUGAGAUCGCAGCGAAGGACAAACUGACGGAGCUGCAGCUGAGAGCCCGACAGCUGCUGGACCAGGUGGAGCAGAUCCAAAAGGAGCAAAACUACCAGAGGUAUCGAGAGGAGCGCUUCCGCAUGACCAGUGAGAGCACCAACCAGCGCGUCCUGUGGUGGUCCAUCGCUCAGACCCUCAUCCUCAUCGUCACCGGCAUCUGGCAGAUGAAGCACCUCAAGAGCUUCUUUGAGGCCAAGAAGCUGGUCUGAGGUGUGUCUGCACCACGCGGCAGCUGGACAGACUCGAGCGGAUGGAGGGACGCCCGCCCAGAAACAUCCAGGAGGACACAUGUUGUUAAGGGAGAGCUGUGGCUGUUAGAGGGGGGGGUUAUAUGGGGUACUUCUCCACAGUCAGUGCACAGUCUACAGGUGGAUGAUGCCCCCAGUUAGGAGAAACACACUGGAGUAACUGCACAGAAACAAAGCAAUAUAGUGCUGGGGAGUCAUGUAUUCCAGCUGGGGAGUCAUGUGUUGUGCAAAGUUAAAUGACUGUUUCUGUCAAUUGAGUCUGGUAGCAUUAGCUAGGACUGUAAGGUCAAUUGAUGAAAAUAUAAAACAUUUAGCAUUUAAAAGAGAUGUGUGCUAAGGAGGCUGCCCCUAUCCACAGCAGUACAUUAGCGUCCUGAUGCUGCUCACGUCUGUUUCUCCAAACUGAAGCUAAGACACUGACUGGAUAUGCACCUCAUACAGCCCCCCCUCAAAACAUCCUCACUAUGCCUUUAAUAUCAGCCAUAAAUGCUACGAGCAAACUCACAAAGCAGUUAUAUAUCCUGGGGACUGUGUUGUUAUUAUUCAUUUUUUGGCUAUUGUUAUUUUUGACACAGAAGCGUCAUUUUUCUUUGUUAUGUUUAUGAGGUCUUACAGGAGUGAGAGACCACAGUGGAUAUGUAACAAUGAAAAUGUUUAAGCUGUUGCAAACAAGUUUAUUGAUAUUUUAUUUUAUGUAGCCCGUUUUCUGUCAAUAUUGCCUAUAUUUCUAUUUCCAUGUUUGAUAACGUUCUAACCACAGGCUUUCAGCUGGAUUCAUUAGGUCGCUGGUAAUAAUAAUAUUUCACUGGCCAUAAUUCCUCACGUGUUAAUUUGAUAUUUAUAUAACUCUUUUUUAGCAUGCAUACACAGUAUAUAAACCCCUGAUAAAUGGCUUCCAACACACAGUAACACAGCAGCGUUUAGGACGUGUUAAUUCAUGUUUAAGAAAGCAAUCCUGACUGGUGAGUAAACUGAGUUCAUCAUUAAUGAAAUAUAAAUUAUUAUUAAUAUUAAAAAAACGUUAAUUUAUAGUAAAAAAAAACUCACUUGUAAAGCAGAUAUAUACAAAUAAUACAGUUAAUAUUUAUAAAUAAAUAAUUUUUAGAAAUCCCUGGUUUCAUAUUAUGUUUGUUUAUAUACCAGUGGAGAGUUUCUAAUCUGGACAUUAAUAAACUCUGACAACUCCUUAAUAUCUGCUUACCUCCAAAUAGCCUAUAUUGUUUAUGAAUGUGAAAUGGAGGGUCAAAUUAACACUCCCUGACUGUAUAUAGUUUUGUUGUCCCUGGAGUUCAGUCUCCUGCACAUUGAGCAGGUGUGUAGAUAGUUUGUGAUACUUGUCUCUUAACAGGAUUGACUGUUUGUUGUAAAUAACAGCUAUUGACCGUCCUGUUGAUUUUCUAAAGCCUUUUACACUGAUUGAAUGUCUUUCCAGUUUGUGUUUCUUCAGUAUUUAUUGAGCAGUUGUAGCCUGUGUUUCAGAGCUGAGCUUAAGCCAAAUGUACUUCUAUGUUCUUUCUUUUCUUUUUUACAUGCAAAGACUAGAUAAGAGUGAAAUUCACAAGACGAAUUUCGGCCAUUAAAUUAUUUUGUUUAUUUAUCACUCUUGAAAUAUUCUUAUUUCCCCUGUGGUCACCUCCAUGACUUAAUAAAGACAAUUUGGCCAAACAA